AUGCAUCGCCAGAAGCGCAAAAGGGAGCAGAAGAGCUUGCGUCCCAGCGCCUCGGCUCCCAGUAGAUCUUGUAAAAAUCUUCUUUUCGGAUCAUCGCUGAUUGAAGUAAUGUGCAGUGGCCCAGAGCAAUCAAAUACAAGUUCAACUACUACGCAAUCCACCAUAGCUACCAAAUCACAUAACAUGAAUGACACAAGUAAUUUAGCUGUGGAGACUGAAGAUUCUUUUUCUAGUCUACUUGAAUUUGCUGCCAACAAUGAUGUGGAACAAUUCAAGAGAUCCAUUGAGCUUAAUUUGUCUGCAGUUGAUGAGGUUGGUAUUUGGUACCUUCGCAAGAAGGGUUCAAAGCAGAUCACACCUGAGGAAAGAACCCCCUUGAUGGUUGCUGCUACCUAUGGUAGUGUUGAUGUUUUGAAACUGAUGGUUGCUCUGCCGGAGGUUGAUUUGAAUAGAAUAUGUGGUAGAGACAAGUGUACUGCCCUCCAUUGUGCUGCCUCUGGUGGCUCUAUUCUUGCCUUUGAUGCCAUCAAGCUGCUACUGUCUGCUGGUGCAGAUCCAAAUAUUGUAGACGCCAACCGUCAUCGCCCAGUUGAUGUGAUUGUUGUUCCUCCUAAACUUCUGGGUGUUAAAGCUGCUCUUGAAGAACUGCUUGUGAACAAUAUUUCUGAUGGAUCAGUGGGCGAGUACAAUUUAAGGGUAUCAAUAGCUAACUCUACUGCGUCACCUGUUCUAUCUUCUUCCCCAGAAAGUAGGUCUCCGAGUUCACCAUCAGAUUCAGCAUCUUCUCCUAUGGCUUCUAAGGCAAAUGAUGUCCCUGCUAAAUCUACGUCGGAGAAAAAACAGUACCCGGUGGAUCCAUCUCUUCCCGAUAUCAAGAAUAGCAUUUUCUCAACUGAUGAGUUUCGGAUGUUUUCAUUCAAGGUCAGGCCUUGUUCAAGGGCCUACUCUCAUGAUUGGACUGAGUGUCCAUUUGUUCACCCGGGAGAGAAUGCUCGCAGAAGAGACCCACGAAAGUACCAUUACAGCUGUGUCCCUUGUCCUGAUUUUCGUAAGGGUGCCUGUAGGCGAGGGGAUAUGUGUGAGUAUGCUCAUGGCGUGUUUGAGUGCUGGCUACACCCGGCUCAGUAUCGGACAAGACUGUGCAAGGAUGGCACAAGCUGUGCUAGACAAGUGUGUUUCUUUGCACACACCCCGGAGGAGCUUCGACCCCUCUAUGUUUCUACUGGAUCUGGUGUUCCUUCACCAAGGUCAGCUGCUUCUGCAGCUAGUGUCAUGGACAUGGCUGCAGCCUUGAGCCUUUUACCUGGGUCACCUUCUUCACACUCUGUCAUGUCUCCUGCAUACAAACAACCCAUGUCGCCCACUGCAAAUGGGAUGUCUCAUUCAUCUGCAGCUUGGCCUCAACCAAAUGUCCCGACCCUUCAUCUCCCUGCUAGCAACACCCAAUCCAGCCGUCUCAGAUCUUCUCUUAGCGCCCGAGACAUUCUACCUGAGGAUUUGAACAUGUUGCAGGAUUUUAAUGCUCAGCAACUUGUUUUGAAUGACUUGGCUUGUUUUUCACAGCCACAGCCACAGCCACAGCCACAUCCUAAUUCUGGUGCUUUGAAUCGUUCUGGUCGGUCGAAUACACUAACUCCUUCCAAUCUUGAGGACCUAUUUUCUGCAGAGAUUGCAUCGUCGCCUGGAUAUUCUGAUCAGGCAAUGGCUUCUGGUGUAUUUUCUCCUAAGCACAAAUCUGCGGUUCUCAAUCAGUUUCAGCAGCAACAGAACGUGCUUUCACCAAUCAAUACUAACAUAUUUUCCCCUAGAAAUGUUGAACACUCUUUGUUGCAGGCUUCCUUUGGUGUCUCAUCUCCAAGGAUGUCGUCACCAAGAAGUGUGGAACCCUCUUCACCAAUGGGUGCCAAUUUUUCAACCUUUGCUCAACGAGAGAAGCAGCAGCAGCUGCGUAUCCUCAGUUCUCGGGAUCUUGGAUCCAACCGUGCCUCCAUUGUUGGGUCACCUGUGAAUUCCUGGACCACUAAGUGGGGGGGAGCCCCCAACGGUAAAGUUGAUUGGUCUGUUAAUGGAGGUGAUCAUGCUCAUAUGAAAAGAUCAACUUCUGUUGAACCCAAUAAUGAGGGAGAGGAGCCUGAUCUGUCGUGGGUACAAUCUCUUGUCAAAGAAUCACCACCUGAGAUGAUGGAAAAGUUUGCAUCUCCUAUUUCUGGUGCUGCCCCAUCCGGUGAGGGUUCAAAAUCGAGUUCUCAAAUUGAUUCUAUUGAUCAGUCAGUUUUAGGAGCUUGGCUCUCGAGCAGAUGCAACUUGAUCAGCUCAGAGUCUAGGAAUUGA